AUGUUCGGUCAGUUGUCAGCCGAGGUAACCUCGGCCACUACCAACCGAUUAAUGGAAGCUCGGUUGACGGUUCAACCGAGCUUUCAUAAGAUCGGUUAUUCUCAACCGAUCAAACUGGGAUCGGUUGUAGACCCACCGAGGAAAAUGUACAUCGGUCGGCGCAAACCAUCUCCGGACCAAUCAGCUCUCGAAGUCGCCCUCAACAACCUCGAUAAGUGUCUCGAUAAGUGUCGAGAACCCCCUCAGGGAGCACUCGAAGCCUACGAGACCUUCGCUCAACCACUCGUACAAGACUAUGGCCAACUGCUCGAGGCCUUCGGGCCCUCCUUUGCUCUCGCUAAGAAACUUUCGAGCCAUUCACCACUGCAGCCGUCGAGCCAUUCACCACUGCCGCCGCUCACCGAGACUGAGAACGCAUCGAUCGAGGACGCGCCAGAAUUCAAGCCUUCGGAAUCUGCUCGGCCGGCUUUCCUGGCCAGUCUCUCCCAUGCCAGCCCCUCAUCAUCCUCCUCAGCCCCGCGUAAAAUGCCAGGCACUUUCCAACCUGCAAAUCCCCCUUACUGA